AUGGCGGCAGCGUUCUCUCUCUCUCCGACCGCCCUGCGCGUCGGCCUCCGGCGGUGGCGUCCCGGCGCCACGAUUAAAUCCGCUAGGAGCAGCAAGAAUGUGUUGUUGCGGCCAAGGAUCGCGCAAUGGCGAGCUCUCGGCGGCAGUGCGGUGCCGGGAUGGAAUGCCAAGGAAUCGCCCUACGAUGUUCUUGAUUGCAAUGAAGAAGGAAUCAAGUCUGCCUAUCGCCGCUUGGCGAAGCUCUAUCAUCCAGACGUGUACAGUGGAGAUACCCAGCUACUGGAAGAUGAAACCGUGGAGGGAAGAUUUAUAAAAAUCCAGGCCGCGUACGAGCUCCUCACAAAUCAAGAAGCUCGUCGGAGCUACGACUAUGACAACAGAAGUGAUCCCAUGAAGGCUUCCAAGGCUUGGAUGGAAUGGUUUAUCAAGAAGAAGCAAGCAUAUGAGCAGAGAGGAGAUCUGGCUGUGACUUUGUGGGCACAACAGCAGCAAAGAGAGAUGAAUCUCAAAGCCCGUCAGCUUGCACGACACAAGAUGGAUCCGGAGGAGGAAAAGCGGAUAAUCGCGAAAGAGAAGCAAGCCUCCACGAUCAACUUCGAGACCACUCUCAAGCGGCAUACUUUGGUGCUGAAGAAACGAGACAUCGAGAGGCGACGAAGCGAAGAAGAGGCUGCCAAGAACAAGCUUGUGCAGCAACUUCUCGCGUCCGAGGGCCUCGAGCUAGACGAUGGAAAAGAAGAUUAGUUUUACUCUCUACCAGGUACCUUCGCGCCAUUUAAAUCUUUGAACUUUGGAGCAUCGCAGGAUGCCAUGGGAUCGCUCCAA